AUUCCCCCGACAUGUCUCGACGUCGGGAAAUGUUGUUUUUGAAGCUGAUUCACCUUUAGCUCCAGAACUUACCGCGGAGGCACUUCCUGCUAAAGUAAAAAUCCCACAAAUUGGCAUGUACGAUGGAACAUCGGACCCAUAUGCACACUUGGGUCAUUAUACGUCUUGGAUGGAUUUACAUGGUGCCUCAGAUGCUUUGAGAUGUCGGAUGUUUUCGCUUACACUGGGGCCACAAGCACAAAAAUGGUACUAUACUCUUCCACCUCAUUCAAUUUGGAAGUGGCAACAGUUACGUGCGGCCUUCCGAUCACACUUCAUCGGAGCUCAAAUUUGUCUCAUCCCAAAAGAAUCAAUUACUAACAUCAUGCAAAAAGACGACGAGACUAUUAAGGACUACGUGUCUCGGUUUAACGACCGAAUUCAAAACAUAGAGCCUUGUCACCCUGAGACCCUGUUAGUAACCACGAUUGCCGGACUGAAGCCCAACUCGAUGUUUCGUUGGACCCUAUGCCAAAACAAACCGGCUACGUUUCAAGAAUUCCUUGUACGAGCUCAACAAUUUAUUAUUGCCGAGGAAUCGAAGUCGGUUCCCACCCCGAUUGGAGGGAUUCCUGUUCAUCGAAUUUUGGUUGACACGGGAGCUCACUCAAGUAUUUUGAUGCUCCGCACUUUCAAGAAAUUGGGUUUGGACCCAGCAGACAUCAGGCCUUGCAACGACCAAAUUCAAGGUUUCAAUGGAUGUAUUUCUUGCCCUGUCGGCGAAAUAUUGCUCCCUAUUCGAUUUGGUGGCUUUGGACCAAAAUCCAAAAUUAUUAUGGAGACUUUCAAAGUCUUGGAUGUCCGGAAUGAAUAUAAUGCUGUUAUAGGGCGGACUGCACUUUACAAACUUCGUGCUGCUGUGUCAAUUUUUCAUUAUGCCCUGAAGUUCCCCACCAUUGAAGGAGAAUGCACUCAUUACGGAGAUCAACGAGAAGCCCGAAGUCUGAUGUUGCUUUCAACCUCGCGUAACUUUCAUAUGAUUGAAGAGCAGGAUACUGAUAACUCUAUUGGGUUGGACAACCCAACUCUUAAUGCUGAAAGAACUGAUAAGUUCGCUCCAGAUACCGACAUUUCUCUUGCAGAUACCGAUGUCCCUAUGACGUCGAUUUUGCCCGAAACAUUAACUGAAGCCCUUGAUCAAGAGCAACCUUUUCAUGAGAAAGAUAUAGGGAUACACGAAGAUAUGGAUCCACGGAUGCAGUUUAAAGAUGGGAGUCAUCAUAUCUGGGCGGAACCAGUUGAAGAUGUCGAAACCAUUUACGUGGAUGGAUCGACUCAGGAAAAAUCGUUACGCAUUGGAGCUAAUCUUCAAGAACCUCUACGGUCGAGCUUAAUUCAGUUUCUUCAGUCAAAUUCCGACGUAUUCGCUCGGAAGCAUGAAGACAUGAAAGGAAUUGACCUGCAGAAAGCGUGUCAUCGCUUGAAUUUGGACAAGACUGUCAAGCCUGUCAUACAGAAACGCCAAAAGUUCGGCCCAGAUCGCCAGAAGGCCCUUGAAGAGGAAGUAAACAAGCUCAUAGACAAUAAGUUCGUCAAAGAAGCCAAAUACCCGACGUGGAUAUCGAAUCUCGUCUUGGUUGAGAAAGCCACCGGCCUUUGGCGCUUGUGUAUUGAUUUCUCAGAUUUGAAUCAAGCAUGCCCGAUAGAUAGGUAUCCCAUUCCACAUAUUGAUUAUAUGGUGGAUGCUACAUCGGGACAUCGACUCAUGAGUUUUUUGGACACCUAUUCCGGUUACAAUCAAAUUCCCAUGCACCCUGAUGAUGCUGAACAUACGUCGUUCUACUCAGCCCGAGGUCUUUAUUGUUAUGUCAUGAUGACUUUCGGAUUGAAGAAUGUUGGGGCCACAUACCAAAGAUUGGUCAAUAAAAUGUUUGCUUGUUUGAUCGGUCACACAAUGGAAGUUUACGUGGACGACAUGCUAGUAAAAUCGGAACAGGCCUCUGAUCAUAUCGCUCACCUGUCUGAAGUUUUUGACAUUCUCCGAGAAUAUUCCAUGGUCCAUAAUCCUAAGAAGUGUACUUUUGGAGUUGGAUCAGGGAAAUUUUUAGGAUACAUGGUGAGUCAGAGAGGGAUCGAAGCCAAUCCCGCCAAGAUCCAAGCCAUACUUGAAUUGGCUCCCCCGACAUCUAGCAAGAGUGCCCAAGCUUUAACCGGUCGACUGGCAGCUCUAAACCGAUUCAUUUUGAAGUCGAAGGAUCAUUGUAAGCCGUUCUUUGACGCUAUCAGAAAGAAGAAGCCGUGCGAAUGGACCGUGGAAUGUCAGAAUGCUUUUGACAAUAUCAAAGAAGUUCUUUCACGGUUACUGACGUUGCAGAAACCUCUUCCUGAUGAACCUUUGUAUUUGUACCCGGGUGUAAGUGACGUUGCUGUCAGUGCUGUUCUUAUACGACAAGAUGGACUUCAACAGUUCCCGAUAUAUUACAUUAGCAAGGCCUUACAUGACGUUGAAUUGCGAUAUCCAUAUAUGGAGAAGUUAGCCUUUGCUCUAAUCAUUGCUGCACGAAAGCUGCGCCCAUAUUUUCUAGAACAUUCUAUUAUC